AAAACCGCGUGCAUACGCGCACUUGCGCGGCUCUGGAUUGACUAUACGGCCUGCCCCAGGCUCGACUAACCGCUGCUGCAUUCACUUCACCUUGUACUCUAUGUAACUCUGUACAGGCUGGAUUGGAAGAUGGCAUCCUCGGAGCAGUCAGAGCAGAGUGGACCUCCAGGCAGAGAAGAUGCUCCGCCACGGGAAGCUCUGGUUGCUACAGCGGUGAAGUUCUUGCAGAACCCCAAAGUUCGCCAGAGUCCAUUGGCUACCAGAAAAGCUUUCCUAAAGAAAAAAGGUUUGACCGAUGAAGAGGUGGAGUUGGCCAUCCAGCGCUCUGGCAGUGUUGAGGAAGCACUGGCUCUGAGUCCAUCAGGACCGCCUCACAUCAUUCACAGCCCGCCGCUUGCUCCGGUACCGCACAGUCCCCCUGGUUACAGAUGGAGAGACUACGGUGCCCUGGCCAUCAUCAUGGCAGGAAUGGCCUUUGGCUUCCAUCACCUGUACCGCAAAUACAUCCUUCCCCUCAUUAUGGGCAGCAAAGAGGACAAGAAGCAUCUGCAGAGGAUCGAGAGCAGCAUCGUCGACAUGAGUGGCACGCUGACACAGACAGUGACCCAGUUGCAGACAACUUUAGCCUCAGUGCAGGAGUUGUUGGUACAGCAGCAGAAGAAGAUCCAGGAGCUGUCUCAGGAGCUGGCUAACUCUCAGGCCUCCUCCACUACCAACCGCAUGUUGGAGUCUCAAAGCAUCAGUGAGCUGAAGGCUGAGAUCACUUCAUUAAAGGGGCUUUUGCUCAGCAGGAGACAGUUCCCUGCUUCUCCGUCCCUCCCCAAAAUCCCGUCCUGGCAGAUCCCUCUAAAGACGGGUGCGCUGUCCAACUCUCCCUCAGUCAAUCACACCAACAGCAGCAGUGACAUCUCACCGGUCAGUAACGAGUCGGCCAGUUCCUCUCCUGUCAAAGACGGCCACAGCUCACAGGGCAGCGUGUCGUGCUCCCUUAGCUUGAAUGGAGAGGCUGGUCUGGGCCCCAUGCUCGUCCUUGACCUGAAGGACCAGGUCCGCAUGGAGGUCCAAGGAGAGGAGGAGAGGAAAGAAGACGAAGAAGAAGAAGAAGAAGAGGAGGAGGAAGGGGAAGGCGAUGGCGACGUGACCCACGUGGACGAAGAGGAGCACCUGAGCGUUCAGACAGAAGACAGGAGAGGCGGAGACGGACAAUUUAACGAGCAAGUGGAGAAGCUGAGGCGUCCUGAGGGGGCCAGCAACGAGAGUGAGGUGGAUUAGGAAAGAGUUUUUACCGCUCCUUUUGCUUUAUAUUCUCUCUUCCUCCGUUUCCCGUUUGAUUUUAGUUCGAUCCUGUCAUCCACAUUUAAUUCUGAAUCACAGCCACAUAGUUCAGUGGGAAGAAGCAAAUGGGGUGUAAUCUCUUCAUUCGUGUUCAGUGCCCUCAUGCCGUGACUUUUCUUUUCAACAUACGCACUGAAGUACCAGCUCAGACGUUCUUGCGUGCCUGGGCAAGCACAGUACAUAACGUACAGUGUGGAAUUAGACGGUGACAGAAUUACGACCUUAUAUGUAUUAUUAAGCAAACAUUGCGUGCUCAGCCGUUUCUCUCGUCGUUUCAGACUAGUUCUUUCCCCUGACAGUAAUAUGUGUAGUUUCUCAUAAUGUCCAGGAUAAUGUCUGUACCGAGUCCAUACUGUAUAUCCAUGUAAUUCUGUAUUUAAUUCUAAACUAAAGCCUACAACAACAAAUCCUGGACACCAAAGAAGCUUUACCAGUCACGUGACCUAAUUUUGCAUUUCCGAGCAGCUCGAUAUUUGCAGCCACCGUGAGCCUCCAUCUUCUUGUCUGGACUUUAAAUAUCUGUUCAUUGCUCGCUGUGCUCUCUCAGCAUAACGUAACGUCGAGCCGCAGCAGCUAGCACGUCUGGGGGAAGUCCUUGUAAUUUCCGAUUAUAAUGAUGAUGGGUUUACUUCCUGGUGGUGUUGAGAAUCGGAGAGCACCGAGGAGGCAGUGUGUGAGUGAGGACUGCAGACAGACACACAACAACGGUGAAAAGAAGUACGCCUCUUCGCUUACGUCUCUCCCGUUUCCAACUGGGCAACUGAUUUGGUUUAUGAAGUAUCUUAAUAAUCAAAUGAUCGACAAAUAACAGAUGUAUUAGUUCAUGCAGCUUGAAAUGUCAAGGAGGCUAAAAUCGCAAAUCUAAUACCGAAAGCCUGUUCUAUCGUAUUAUAUUACAUGACAAAGCCUCCAGUCCAAAUUAUACGGGCCUCCCACAGUGAAUAAUCUUAACAUGAAAUGAUGCCGGGGCUUUGUAAUUAAACCAUGUAAAACAAUGGAUGCUUCAGCAGAGGUGCCGACAAUUGAGCUUCUCUCUUUGUGGGGCUUUUUCUGUCUAAGUCACAAGGAAAAAGAUAGAGUUUAAAAAAUAAAAAAAAUUUUUAAAAAAAAACCCCACAGCUGAUGCAAAUGGAGAGUAACGUAUGAAUACUUAACUAAUAGAAUUACUCACUCGCCAGCUGAUGAGAAAAAAAGCAAGAAAGAUCCUGGAGAGAGAAUUAGACACGUCUGCUCCGCUCUGACAUUUUCACUUUUAACAAAUGGCCUUCAGAGUAAUGUGAUUAUGGCCCAAGCAGGUGAAGCAUUGUGGGCUGUGGCAGCGGGUGCUGAGCUGCUCCACCACGGAGGAUCUCCGCCUGCCUGACAACAUGCAUCUCGUUAUGGUCUAGAUUAGAGAUGACUUGUACCAGUGGACUAUGAAGAGAUAUUCCUGUGACGUAUGAUCGUGAAUAAGAACGUCUGAUAUACUGUAAUACCCGGUUAUAAUUUUUAAAAGCUUACUAAUAAUUAGAAACAAUUGGGUGAACCGCGAGGGAAUCCGUUUGAACUGUUGGGCAGUGAUAGUGACUGCGAGGAAGCCUGGAAAGUUGUGCCACAUACCAUCAGCGUGUGUGCACUUGUUAAUGUGCGUAUUCGUUCAUGAUGAACUUCUGACUGUAGUGCUCGGUGGCGAGAAUUGACAGCGAGUAUGAUACGCAGUGAAAUUCUGAUAAAGAGCAAUUUUAAGAGAGUAAAUGUAAAUAUUUGUAAUAAAAUCGAUUGAACACCUGC